AUGGUGAGCUCCUUGUUGAAAAAGAAAGUCUUGAAAAAGAAGCAAAGCCUUAAAAAGAAGAAGAUAUCAGAGAAAAAUCCCAAUGAGAAAGUUUAUCAAGUGAAUGCAAGUGACUUGAACUGGAAACCCGUGGAGAUUCCUGAUACAUUGGACGACUUCGAAGGUUUCUAUGGGUUAGAGGAAAUUGACAAUGUCUCCGUAAAUAUAGUUGAUGGAAAUGUGACAUUUACCACCAAAAAUGAGUCUAAUACUUUAUCCAAAGAAGAAGCUGCCAAGAAAGAGAAAAGCAUCCCAGAAGGUCAUUUUGAGAUUGACCCUGAAGAUAUAAAUGAAGAUGAGAAACUAGCUGCUAAGAAGCUCGAUGACAAUGAUGAAGAAAAUAAUGAAAUAAAUAUUCCUGAUUUACCAGAGGAAACUGUUGUUGUAAGUCCACCUGCGGAAGUAAAGAAAGAACCAAAAAAGGACGAAUUGCAAGAAAAUACUUUUGCAAAUCUAGAUGAUACAGUGGUACCCACGGAUGACGUUGACUUACCUGAAUGGUCUGAAAUACCGCUUUCUACUUGCACGUUAAAUGGAUUACAGAAUUUGGGAUUCACUAAGCCAACAGAAAUUCAGAAAAAAACAAUUCCGGUCUCAUUACAAGGAAAAGAUGUUAUUGGUAAAGCCAUUACCGGCUCCGGUAAGACUUUGGCCUACGGAAUUCCAAUCCUGGAGAAGGCUUUGUCGGGCCAGGAAAGCAAUAAAAGGCUUUCCGAGGAUUACAAGAAUCAUCCUACUGCAAUUAUUUUUACGCCAACUCGUGAGUUAGCAAAUCAAGUCAUGAAACAUUUACGUGAAUUGUUUAAAUACUCACCCUUCAGUGACAAAACAGUGAUGUCAUUAACUGGUGGUUUGUCUAUUCAAAAGCAAGAACGUUUACUUUCUUACGGGCCCCGUGUUUUGGUUGCGACACCUGGCCGUUGUUUAGAGCUUUUAGAAAAGUCAAAUAACCUUGCAAAGCAAUUUGCAUCGAUUGAUAUGCUGGUUUUAGAUGAAGCUGACAGAAUGUUACAGGAUGGACAUUUUGAUGAGCUGAAAAAGAUACUCGAAAUUUUUAACAAUUACAGGCCUAAAGAUGUUCCAUCAAUCGAUAGAAGAUGGCAGUCAUUGAUUCUAUCUGCAACCUUUUCGAAAGAUCUAUUUGGGAAAUUGAGCAACAAUAAUAAACCAUCCGACUCGAGAAAGCGUAAAAGUACUGAUGAAGACUCUGAUCUCAAGGAAGUUCUAGAAAUUCUAGGAAAGAAAUUACGUUUCAGAAACAAGCCUGAAUACAUUGAUGUUAACCCUACUGAUGUUGUUGCGACUAGGAUUGUUGAAGCAAUGAUUCCAUGCUCUCCGAUGGAGAGGGAUUUGAUGCUUUACUAUUUUGUCUCCGUUUUCCCUGGUACUACCCUAGUUUUUACCAAUUCUAUUGAUUCUGUUAAACGCUUGACACCAACGUUGAACAAUUUGGGCAUAUUAACAGUCUCCAUUCACUCUUCGAUGAUCCAAAAGCAGCGUCUACGUGCUUUAGAAAGAUUUUCGAGGAAUUCAGAGAUCGCCGCAAAAGAGCAUAAAUCUUCUGUUCUGAUUGCAUCCGAUGUAGCUGCCCGUGGUUUAGAUAUAUCAGGUAUCCAGCAUGUUGUCCAUUAUCAUUUACCGAGAACAGCUGACGCAUAUGUCCAUAGAUCUGGUAGAACAGCACGUGCGGGAACUGAAGGUGUCUCAGUUAUUUUAUGCUCUCCACAUGAAGCUUCAGGCCCUUUGAGAAAUUUGAGGAAGGUAAUCUCAAAGAAAGAUAAGAUUGAAGAUCUCAAGUCUCUACCUAUUGAUUCAGAUAUACUCGACCAGUUGAAAGAGAGAUUGGACUUGGCUGCAAAAAUCGCACAGGCCGAAGUUGCUUCGCAAAGUGUUCAAAAAGAAAAGAACUGGAUUGAAAAGGCGGCAGAAGAAUUAGGUGUUGAUAACAUUGAUGAUUUUGAGGACGACUUUUUGAAAAGAGAUCGUAAAAGAAAAGAAGGUAAAGCAUUAGAUAGGCAGAAUCUUAAAGUGAUGAGGGCCCAUCUGAGAGAAUUGCUUAAGACGCAGAUCCGAAAAUCAGGUAGGAGGUCGUACAUUGCAAGCGGUUUGAAUAAUGUCGCAGAAAUGUUGAUGAAAAAUCAAGGCUCCAGCACUGUCAUGGGAUAUUUACAGCAGGAUGCGCUUGAUGUUUUAAAAGAUAGUAAGAAGGCCAAGAAGCAAAAACUUUGA